AUGCAUCUCCAAGCUACCCUCGCCGUCGGUCUCUCCCUUCUCGGAUUGACCCUUGCCGACACUCUCAAGAAUACAAUCGAAUGGAAGGCAUCCGACUUCGCCAUCACCUGCGGCUCAGAAGACUGCAACUACAACUUCAACAUCGUGAGCACUGCCACCGGGCCUUCCAAGUUCAAAACCUCCUGCUCCGGCGUUCCUGCCGAGGAAGACUAUACCCCGUGCCAGGGCAAAGGCACCGAGGCCAAACUGCAGGCGGUGCCUGGGGCGGCCACGAUGUUCAGUCUGCACAUACAACAUACUUGGAUGGAAGGAGAGGCGAGAUAUACUGCCCACGGCGAUGCCAAUAUCACCGACACCCAGAAGAGCUUUACGGUUCCGGUCACGCGGGUUUCUGGGGUUGUUUGA